UCAACAAUAUCAAGGUUUUAAGUUUUUAGAGUGGUUUGCUGCGUGAUUUUGUUUACGUACAGCCCAGUGUUCUUCUUUUCCAAGUUAAGUAAAUUCUAUUCUUGCAAAUAACGUUACUUGCUUGCAGGCUCCCUGUCGUUCAAGGAGGAACUUUUGCUUUUCUUACUCCGACAUUUGCCAUCUUAUCUUUGCCACAGUGGGAAUGCCAGAAACCUGGAGGUAAAUUGAUUUCCUUUAGGAUCCUUUAGUGCUGUGACACCCGUUAAUAUGACCAUGACGCUUUGUGCUUUUUCUUACCUGUUUUGGACAAGGGAUUUACUCUUUGAUUCUGAAACUCUCAGCACCUGUUCGUUCAUCCCUCGCAGACAUUUCGAUGUGUAAACUGUUUGACGUCACACACCAUUACCAUAACAACCGACAUGCUGGGCAAGCCAAAUAGAGCUUUUCUCAGAAUUCUUUGGUUUGGCACGGUUUUGUUAGCAGCAAGGCAGAUUAAAUACUUUGAACAUUUUAUUAUCAUCCUUAUUUUCUGACUCCUGAUAAAAUCUUAAAAAGCACAAUGGUAGUUUCAAAACGGCGAAGUUAUUGCGGUAGGAGACGAUGGUUAUGUACUGAACGCAAAAUAAUUUUAUAAAGGUUCCAUCCAUACCCACCCAUUUGUGCCCCGGUGGGGAUACGAACUGUCAGGUACAUCUGAAGGUUAAUAAUGAUUGGGAAAGAGUCUUGUCCAACAACAAGGUGGUUCGGCGGGGGUGGGGCGAGAUCGUAAGGCGGGGUUUCAGUACUUUAUACUGUAAUCGAUACUUAUCAUUGAUGGGAAAACCUUCUAGACUAUACUAGUCUAAUUCCAUCCAUAUUCUAUAUAUGCCGUAAGAAGCCCCGAGAACACCAAGCCGGUUAUGAAACGGAAUUAUAAUUAUGUAAGUUAUUGCUGUCUUUCGUAGCGUACGUUGCAUAGUCGAUGUACAAAGUAGUUUAGUGAUCGUCUCAUAUUACUUUUCUUUUCUAAGAAAAUGGUAACUCUACUGUAAGCUCACUUGCUAACAGUGAUGACAUCUGGAAACCUGGCAUGAGAGAGAUCCAAGGUGCUAUCAUGGUUUCGUCACUGUUUCAAAUUAUGAUCGGUUUCACUGGCCUCAUUGGGUUUCUUCUUCGCUUCAUUGGACCGCUAACCGUUGCACCUACUGUUACUCUGGUGGGUGUGGCACUCUUCAGAUUAGCAGCGGAUACUGCGGGAAAUCAUUGGGGAAUUUCAAUGACGACCAUUGUUUUAAUAGCUCUGUUUUCUCAAUACCUGAGCAAUGUCAAGAUUCCACUUCCUGGAUAUAGCAAAAAUAAGGGUGGUUGUUAUGUUGGCCGUUACCCUUUUUUCAGGUUGUUUCCAAUCAUCUUGGCCAUCGUAGCAUCGUGGAUUAUUUGUGCCAUUAUCACCGCAGCAGGAGGCUUUCCUUCUGAUCCCAGCAUUCCUCAGUACAUGGCGAGAACUGACGCAAGGAUCUCUGUGUUAAAAGAGGCCAAAUGGUUCAGAGUUCCAUAUCCAGGUCAGUGGGGUACGCCAACUGUCAGUGCCGCAGGGGUGUUUGGGAUGCUAGCUGGGGUGCUGGCCUCCAUUAUUGAGUCAGUAGGAGAAUACUUUGCCUGUGCAAGAUUAUCUGGGGCACCUCCACCGCCAAAACACGCCAUCAAUCGUGGAAUAGGAGUAGAAGGGAUUGGAUGUCUCUUGACGGGAGCUUUUGGUAGUGGAAAUGGUACAACCACGUACAGUGUAAACACUGGCGCCAUUGGCAUCACAAAGGUUGGAAGUCUUCGUGUUAUCCAGUUUGCAGCUCUUGUGAUGAUUGUGGUUGGCCUUCUUGGUAAGGUUGGCGCGGUUUUCGUCAGCAUUCCAGAUCCCAUUGUUGGUGGAAUUUACAUGGUUAUGUUUGGAAUGAUCGCCGCUGUUGGAAUCUCGAAUCUACAAUUUGCUGACAUGAAUUCCUCCAGAAACUUGUUCAUCGUUGGAUUUUCCAUUGUGUUUGGAUUAGCUCUACCACAUUACAUGGAACAACACCCCAAUGCAAUCGAGACUGGUGUGUCAGAAAUCGACCAGAUAGUGACGGUACUGUUUAAAACAAGCAUGGCAGUGGGUUGUAUCGUUGCAUUGAUUCUGGACAACACCAUUCCUGGUACCAUUGAGGAACGCGGGCUCAAGGCUUGGAGGCAACAUUUAUCAGAUCACAGUGAUGAACAGUUUCAAACAGCUUCUAUUAAAGUCUAUGAUUUGCCGUUUGGUCUCAACCGCAUCAGUAACUACAAAGUGGCCAAGUAUUUGCCUUUCCUGCCUUAUAACGACGAGGAGCACGAACGAACACUUGAUGCAGUAGAAAUGAACACUGUCAGCUCAAAGUAAUCUCGCUGGUUAAAUAAGUUCCGAAAGUAACAACCCGCUCUCCACCAAUAGAGAAAGCCCGAAAUUCACGACCCUCAAAUGUAAUUCGAAAUUUUAAAAGGCAAAGGUGGGAAAUAACAGAUACGAAGGACAGUAAACCGAUUGUUAUUUCUUAAUGUUAGUUCAUGUCAACACCUCUCGCCUUCGAGUUAUCAAAAAUAUCUUUUUCUACAAAGAAAACAAGUUCUUCUACACCCAAAUUUUAUGUGCCUGGGAUGAAGAGUUCUACGCUUAUGGUAGAAUCCUGGCAAAUGGGUUUGACUACACGUGUUUGCUUCCCGUCCCCUUACCUUCUGAUAGAAUCUGAAGCUGAGUAAUUAUGGUUAUUUUCGGAACUUUACUUCAAAACUAUUUAUUCACACCAAGAAACUAUGAUGAUAGAUCAUAGACCAUAGAUCGUAGUCUCUUUUUUAGGUGGUUACUUG